AUGGAUCAAAACAGAAUUUCAAUAUUUUUCGUACUUUUUCAUUUGUUUGGAAUAUCAUCGUAUUCAAUCAACACGGGACAAAAGAAAUAUAUCUUCAUUUGGUGCUGUUUUAUCCUCUCCCUUCUUAAAAUCGAAUCCAUCUUUGCUCUUAUUCAAAGUAAGGUUUUCAACCUGCAUUACAACGCAAGUGCAGCAUAUUUAAUAUUCGUCUGUUUGAAAAUAGUUCAUCUUGUUGCCGCUUGGCAAUCUAUUAUCAAUCGUAGAAAUGAAGCUCGUGUUUUUGAAGAACUUACAAACAUCGACGACCUUCUUAUAUCAAAACUCUACCAAUGGAUUGAUUAUGGCAAAUCGAGACGAACAAUAAUUUUGAAAACGCUCCCCACAAUCCUAACUAAUGUUUACAGUAUUGCUUUGAUAAUAAUUGCCCUGACUUUGUUUUACGAUACAAAAACUGAAAUACCAUGGUUAUGGAUUGGUAGCAGUCAAUUGAUUCGCCUCCGAUACGUCCAAUAUGUUUACAUAAUCGCAAUAGUAGCUGAAAAGUUGAAGUUUCUAAAACACAAGUGCUUGCUCAUUUUGACACGGAAGCGGAAAAAUGAAAUUGAAAAACUAUUUGUGUUUAAGUGUGUUUAUGGUAAAAUUGUAAAUGUUCAAAAUGAUAUCAAUCGUUUUUUCGGAUGGUCUAUAUUGUUAAUGAUUAUUACAUCACUUAUCCAAAUAGUGUGGGUUCUGAAUUGGAUUGUUCUGGCAUUGGAUGAUGGUAAUGCAAUUGAGAAAAUGAAUAGUGUUUUUAAGUUCACCACGGUUGUAAUGCCAGAAAUAUUCUCCCUUGCUAGUGCUUGUAAGGUGUGCCAAGACUGUGAAGACACAGCUGACGAAAUUACUCGGAUUGUCGUCAAGGCGGAUGGUCAAAUGUUUGAAUAUAAAUAUUUUCUAGAAGAUUUUUCACUACAAAUAAUGCAAAACCCAAUCAAGUUUUCAGCAAAAGGAUUUUUUUCUCUAAACUUAAAAACUUUUGCAGCGAUGAUUGUAACUCUUAUAACACAAUUAUUUGUAUUGCUACAGUUUUCGAUGGAUUAAUAAAGAAUUUAAUGACAAACCAGU